UGUAAAUUUUAACACUUAAAGAUGCUGCACUAUCGGUAGAGCUAGCCCCUGCUUGCAUCUCAGUGUUUGAGAAACUUUUCAAUUGAUGGAUGCUAGUUACUUAAACUUUAACUCAGCAAUUGUAAACAUAAGUAAGUAAAUAAAUCAGAGAUCAAAGCCUGCCUGAGAUAUGAGUUUCAUGCAUCAGUACAUGCAACAUCAUUCUAUGAUGACACAGUGGUUUCAGCAGCUUCAUGGAAAUAUUCCUAUGGCUCCUUUGCAAGCUGUUUCUAGCACAGAGAAUCUAUGUCAUUUUUGUCAUCAGCGUACAGCCACGAUGUGUAAUUCAUGUCAGCAACAACAUUUUAGGAAAACCCGUUCUAAACAGCCCAUUUCUGAAGAUAACUCUAAUGAUUCCAGUUCUGAAGCUUCUAGAUCAGAAUCUCCUUAUUCUGAAUGUUUAGAGGAAGAACUUGCAUUAUCUGAUGGAUCUGUUUCUGAAUAUGAAUUAGAGUUUAAUGUGGAUGCAAUUAUGGCUAUGCGAGCUGCAAAGAAAGAAAAUUCAAGUAAAGAAGAAUUUGAAUUUGUUGAAUUAGAAAGUAAAAACGAUAUGAACUAUGAGGAUUUAUCUGCAGGUAAUGAUUUUCAAUUGAAAAAGGAGAUGAUGCAAGUUUGGUAUGGAGAUGCAUUUAGCACUAUUGCUGGAUUAGAAACUGCCAUGAACAUAAAUAUUCAGCGUAUUUGUGAUAUAAAUCAGCCACCUAAGUGGCCAUGUUUGCCUCUACUUUCAUUAAAAAAUGUCUAAUGUGUUAAUUUUAAUUUUUUAUUGAAUAAAUUUGUAAAUAAGUUUG